CUGUUAUAAACUUCUUUUUUUUAUUUUGUAUAAAAAAAAUACCAUCUCUUGACUCUUCUUUGCAAACUGAAUCCUCAAUAUAUAUUCAACAGAUCAUGCAGCUAUAACAAUGGGACUAUAACUAUCAAAGUAGUAUUCCAGUGUAAUGCCAAUGGAAAGGCUAUCGAACAUAUCUAUCAAUUAUGGUUAUCAGCACAAACAGAACACAAUCAAGGGUAUUAUAUUUGAAGGCAUCCUUCUUAUCAAUAUGGUUUUCAUCAGCCUCGUUAUCCUCGUGGAAAUUGAUAUAGGCAUCAUUACUACCGUUGUCAUCCAUCAAAUAUUAUUGAUAGGUUGUCAUGAUACAUCGUCCAUCAGUCUUGUCAUGUUACUAUCAUUCAAGUGUUACGAUCAUUUUCAAGUAUGGUCAAUUACCGUACUCAAAAUCACAGAACCAAAUGAAAAUUGGAUACAUAAAAAAGAUGAAUAACUAUUGUAAUUAUAUUAUUAACAACAACUGGAAAGGGAAAUCAAUUUGU